AUGCACUGGGCUGCUCUUCUUGCAGCUGUUACUGGCAUUCCGUUCGUCGUGGAUGCGGGGGCUAUCCUGAGGUUCUCCUGCUCACAACUCGUUGUCGAGCGUCUCGAUCCCUUGGUUAAUCCUGGCAUAAAUCCGUCCCCGCAUCUUCACCAGGUCGUUGGAGGGAAUGCCUUCAAUGUCAGCAUGAAUCCCGACACCCAUGACAUUCCCAGCACCGCAACAUGCACGACCUGCACACCAGCCGACGACUUUUCCAACUACUGGACGGCUACGCUAUUCUUCCGUGCCAGAAACGGUACCUUCAAACAACUUGCGACCAAGGGUAAUCCACUCGGGUACACUGCAGCCAACGGCGGACAAACUGUCUACUACCUUGGGCCAAACAGUGGCAAGGUCACUGCUUUUAAGCCAGGGUUCCGCAUGACAGUCGGAGACCCAACUUUCAGGACUGCGGCUCAGAUUAAAAAGUAUCCCAUGCUCACGUACACGUGUCUACAAACUGGCUCGACACGAGGCGGUGAGACCACAAACUUUCCGACGAAGCCAUGCAAAGUGGGGAUCAUGGUUAGUAUCCGAUUUCCAACCUGCUGGGAUGGCAAGAACUUGGAUAGCCCCAGCCAUCAGGAUCAUGUUGCAUAUCCGUCUGGCGGAAAGUGCCCAAGUACUCAUCCUGUCACAGUUCCUCAAGUUUUCUAUGAGACAAUUUGGGACACCACGCCGUUCAAUGAUCAAGCUUUAUGGCCCGUAGAUGGCUCUCAGCCAUUUGUUUGGUCAUUUGGCGAUCCAACUGGCUAUGGAGUUCACGGCGAUUACGUCUUCGGUUGGAAAGGUGAUGCUCUGCAAAAGGCCAUGGAUGCAGGCUCCAAAUGUAACAGUGACCUCCUGCAGAACAACAUAAAUUGUCCUGUGGGUACAACGCAGACAAUACAAAAGGGGAACCAGUGCUCUAAGAAGGUAGAUGUUAACGAGAAUUUGGAGGGUUGGCUGGCGGAGCUUCCCGGUGGCAUGAAGGUGCAAUAA